AUGGCACUAAAGAAGAAACCAGAUCAGUCCGAGAAAUCGGGGCAGGGCAAGGAGUCGGAGCCGCCCAAGAAAGUGGAACAACCCAAGAAAACAGAACAAUGUAAGAAACAGGCGCAGCCCAAAACACCAGAGCAGCUCAAGAAUUCGGAACCAUGCAAGAAAUCGGGGCAAUCUAAGACCUCGGGGCAACCCAAGAUACCAGAACAGCCUAAGAAAUCAAAGCACCUUGAGGAGUCGGAACAGUCUACGAAACCAGAACAAAAGCUGAAGAACCCAGAGCAGGAAAAGCCAAAAGAGGUGAAGAAAUCAGAACAGGCUGUGGGCCAGCUUGGUCCGCAGACUGCGUCAUGCCAAGCCCUCAUUCGCACAGCCUGUCCUCAAUAUCUGACGUCUGAGGAAUUUGAGCAGAUAAUUAGACAGUUCAAAAGUUGCCCCUGGCUGGAGAAUAAGCAGGUGUUAUGGAGCGGGUUGAUGAAGGAUCAGGUUCAAGAAUGGGCAGCUCAACGAGGGAUGCAGACGCUCACCACCGCCAUGGGACCAUUGAUGGACUCGGGCAAUCCCCUAUGCUUGCGACAAACUAAAAGCUCCUGCGCGUGGUCGAAGUAUAUCAAAGGAGCUUCCCUUGUCUUUGCGUGGCGUAUUUCUCAAGGCUCAUACACUACUGUCCUAACUCCGCCACCGCCAGAACGGUUUCACCCAGACGGACUAACCAACUGGCAAGACAUAGAGGAGCCCGUCUUGAAGGGUCGUCUAGGCACUCCGACGUCAUGUGCAAUCUUGCUAGUUCAUCCAGCUGUCCAAGAAGCUCAAAACUUCCGCUAUCAGGUGUGGCCGGUAGACUACACAGAUAAAUGGCUCAGGAAAUUCAAAGUCAAUCAAGCCUCGAUUCACACCUGGAGAACUAUAUCUAAAUCAAGAGCCCACACAUCAUGGAUGGUCCCUACUGACGAGCCACUCAAGUCGGCGGAUACGAUCAAGUUGAGCACCACACGCAAAGCCAAUGCCGUAACACUAGCCAGCGCAGCUUCGAGGGAUAAUAAUGCCUCCGCAGAUCCAAGAUGUUUUCUACAAAGUCAAGUAAACAUGCCUGAAAUUGGAUUUGGUGGAGAGAAGAGACUAGUUAUGCCACAAGUCACCAAAGUUUCAGGCACUACGAUGUCUCCUCCCGGCCCAACACUGUCUCCAAAAAACCAACAUAGCAGACGUCGAGUUGGAGUUGAUGCAGCAACUCAGACUAUCCAAGUGUCAUUCCCUGGGUCACAAAUCGUCAACGUCUCAAGCGAUGAAGCCCUACCCCCUGCUUCAGGAGGCCAGCCGCAAUGCCAAAAGAGCAUGGGCCAGACUAAAGCUGGUACAGAGACGAGGCCGGCCGUACCCAAGGUCAGUCAGGUUUCAAAUGAUGCGAUCACUUCCCAAGAUAGAUCUGAUACUCCGCAGAGUCUCCCGAAUAUUUCUCGAGCUCGCGCGAAUCCAGAGGCGAUUCAACUCAGUAGACCCGGAGAACCUGCAACGGGUCCAUCGUCUGCUGCGUCCAUUACAGAAGCUCCAUCAGCUUUCUUGGUGUGUCUGUAUUUGGCAAUUAUCGAGAUUAUUCUAUCGUUGCUGCUGCUUCUGAUUGGAACUGCAGUACAUCUUGGUUUGAUGCCAUGGAACAGGGCCAAGAUGAGUGAAAUCAAGACACCAUGUCCCUUUACUAAUGGCGGCUCGGCUUCUCAAGCAAUACCAGUGAAUUCAAAGGCUGCCAAGAAAGCUGCUAAGAAAGCAUCAAAACGGUUCAUCAAAGAACAGUCUUUGAGAGAAGCUCAAGAGGCACUGGAAUCUACCGUGGCCAUCGGGAGGCUAUUCCACGAAGACAAACUAGUGGACGAACCUCAGGCAGCCUAUGUUGAUACCUCCAGCACCUUGAGCAACUUUUCAGCGCCAACAAUUACAGUAUCUGGAAUGGAUUUUGCUAGCCACGGUCUGCCUGGGUAUAAGAGGAAAGGCAAGAACAAAAGAAAGAAGGCGACUGCGGUUGCGAGCAUCACUGCGGAAGAUGCGCAAGUCACCGCGUUCACACAGCCCACAAGGGAAUAUGCACACAGCUGCCUUGGACCAGUAGACCCCAGCGCGCUGAGGAAGUCCUACUGGGUAGACUGA